UAAGUUUAAUAAAAUAUUAAAAUAAUGUUAGUUAAAAAUAUGAGGAGCAUAACUAUUAGUUAGUUGGAAAUGUGUAGGGACAAUAACCAAUAUAAAAAUAUUAAAUUGAAAUUAAUAGAAAAUAUUUGGAACCAUAAACAUCAAUAAAAUAUUAAAUAAGGAAAAACAAUGUUAAUUAUGUUUAAAAUUUCUGAUUAUAAAUAGAAAGAUCUUUUAAGUGAAUAACAAAUUAAACGACCUAAAGUGUUAAAUAGAAACAACUUUAAAAAAAGGGACAUAGAAACAUUCUAUUUCAAGACCUUUGUGUUAGGCGUUGGGCAAAAAGGAAGAACAAUGUUAAUUAUGUUCAUUUUUUUUUUACUUUUUAGAAUUUUAGGAUAAAUAAUAUCAAUAGAUUUCUUAUAUAAAACAUUGUUUCGUUAGAAUUGAGGAAAUUUGUGAAGUUCUUUGAUUCAAAACUACUACUCUUUGUUUGAAUUUGGUUGCAUACUUAGACAUUUUGUUAGUGUGUGUAGGGGAAGAAAUUGAACUAUUGAAGAUGAGUGCAAACUGUUGAAAUAUAGUGUGACUCGAACAGCAGUCCGCGGGGCGCGGAGUACCUUCUGCCUCAGGUCCGCGUGGCGCGUAAUACUCCGCGGGGCGCAGAGUACCUUCUGCAUUGUUAGUGUGUGUUGUCUUCUUCGCUCUGUAUUUCUCUACUUUUUUCAUUCUCCUCUCUACAUUUGAAUGUCCAACAAAGCUGCAUCCAGUAUUUUUUCAUGAAGUUUGUAAAAUGUUUUAAGGUGCUUUAGGUACUUUAUGCUUAUGAAAUUUCUUUCUUGUUCAUCUCAUUUGGAUGGCUUACCAGGGGCUAGGCCUACUAACUCUAUCAGCAAUGCUGCCUUCCCUGAGCUGUAUCAAUGAGGACACAAUGAACAACGACACGUUUGGAUGUUCUUCACAUUUGCAGAGGAUGAUGUUCUUUAUUGCAAUUUAUAUGGUUGCAAUUGGGCAAGGUGGGCACAAGCCUUGUGUUCAGGCUUUUGGUGCCAAUCAGUUUGACGGAGAAAAUCCUGCUGAAAGCAAAGCCAAAAGCUCUUUCUUUAAUUGGUGGUAUUUUGGUCUGUGCACGGGUUCUUUGUUAGGCAUUGGAGUUUUGAGCUAUGUCCAAGAGAACCUUAAUUGGGGCCUCGGAUUUGGAAUUCCCUGCAUUAUCAUGGUAAUCGCUCUACUUAUAUUCUUGCUUGGAACCGCAACUUAUAGAUACAUCAUAAUAAGUGAAAAUGAAAGUCCAUUCUUGAGAAUCGGAAGGGUGUUUGUCAAAGCAGCCCGAAACUGGAAUGUUAAACUCCUUGUAAUCGGUAACAAAGAAGACUCACAUGGAACACAAAAACGUGAUGGAACUCAUCAAUUUAGGUUUCUUGAUAAGGCUUCGUUUGACGGUUGCAGCAAUAAUGAGGUAGGAGAGGCAAAGGGAGUACUCAGGUUGUUUCCUAUAUGGGCAGCAACAUUGGUUUAUGGUAUCGUUUACUCGCAGACAUCAACCUUCUUCACCAAACAAGGCAUUCCAACGGGUAUAUUUUUAAAAAAAAUGGUAUUUGACGCAAAUAAAAAAAGUAAAUGGUAUAUGGUGAAUUAUUAAUUUACCACAAACGGCACACUGACCGCAGUUGUCAUUGAUGGUAUU